CACACACACACUUGCUAUCUUGAUCAAUUUCCAUUUUGAGUUCUGAUUCAAUGAGUCUUCGGAAGACUAAGUUUUUUCGUUUUGAUCAUCUUUGUCGGUUGAGUUUUUUGGGCGGGAAUUUAAAAAAUUCGAAUAAUUUUCCCCUUCAAUUUGAUUUUCUUCAUGCAGAGUUAAGUUGACGCGUGAAUCCAGAUCCAUGGAAAACUUUCAUGGCGGUAACAAUUACACGAAACCUUCGAGAAUCAAAAUUCCGCCGGGGAUGAAGGCACAGCAGUUGAUGAUUGUGAAGGGCGGCCGUUACCAAACCAAUACCAUUAGCCCGAGCUUCGAUUUGAUUGCCGAUGAUCCUGACCAUAAGUCGUCGAUCAUUAGGUACUUGCGGUCUGGGUCUCCGAUCGCCGGAAAUCUUGUCUUGGCCGAAGAACAGGUGAUCGAUGCUACAAAAAUUUGUCAUCCCUACCCCCAUUACUGCGGUAAUGGUGGUUCUGGACACAGCGGUUUCGUCUCCAGAGGAUUCGGACCGUCUUCGGUGUUGUCGCCGAUGAAGAACAUGAUGGACCGGUCGCCGCCGGUUUACAGGACACCAGUGAAGGCGGUGGAAGGAGAGGAGGUUUUGGUAAUGGACGGAGUUCCGGUUAGUGGCGGAGUUGGAAGGAGUUCGAGAUCUGUUGCUGACUCGUCUUCUUCGGGCAAGAGUCAGUACAAAACAGAAAAUUUCCAUUCUAGGGAAGAUUCUGGAAACUCUCGUUACAGCUCUAAAAUCCAGGUUGCUCAUGGAAAAGAAAACCUCCGUCCAACUCGUUUGGUCACCAAAAACAAAACUGAGACACCAGUGAGCAGCAAGCCUAACAAUAGCCCAGGACAAUCCUCCUGUAGCCCAAACUCCUGCUUUCCUCUUCAGGUUAUGACACCAACCCGAUCAGCCUCACCCGCCACAUCAAGGGGCACCACCUCCUCAGACAUGGCCUCAAGGGACUGGUGCCCUCUAGACGACGGACUAAUUGUCACUCUGCCACAUUCUUCCUCGACUGAGAAAUCUCCAUCAAGAGGUGUUAAUGCAUACAUCAAUGGGGUUCUUUAUGGCCCUGCCAGAAAGAGAUUGCCAGUAUUUUCCGGAUUUCGCUCUGACUAGUCAUUUCACUGCUUAGAGAAGUUUGGUCACUGGACAUACAUAUAGGUAUAAUGCAUAGAUACCCAUCUUGCUCUUUUAAUAUCCGAAGUUGACUUCCAUGGCUCUUUCUUUUCAUAAUUCAUACCCCACUUUUUCCCAGCAAAAAAAAAUCAUCUUACCUAGCAUAUUAUAUUAGAUUAAACUGAGUAUCAUCUUAACCUGGCUACAUAGUUUUGCUCAUUGAUCAGUUACCAAUUACUAUCCUUCCUUACAAAUUAUAGGCACAUAUUACGUAUAGAUUCGGAUGAAACAGUAUACAUAUAGAAACUCAAACCACGAGGCUGGCUGAAUAUGUACAUAAGACCCUCUAUACUGAUUUUCUUUGGGCUUGAACCUUUUGUUAUCUUA